AUGAAUGAACUCAAAAAAUUGCCUGCUAAUCUAAAUAAUGCCAAACUAUCAAUAUAUAAUUCAAAAAACACAGAAAAAAUGAAAGUUGUAAAUGAAAUCAGAAUGAAAUAUCAAAAGUUGGCUAAAUUAGAUAAGGCAAGGGCAGAUAAAUUGGACUUUAAGUCUUAUAAUAAUGAUGAUGAUAAUAAGACCUGGUAUCUUUGUAACAAUGAGAUUUUCAAAGGUUGGCUGGGCUCGAAUGAUUGCGAAAAAGUCAAAUUGAAUAUCAUAGAGAAAUUGAAUAAAGAUAAAGAACUACUUGUGAAUAAGACUAAUGAAAAAAUUGAAAAAUCUAAUAAAGCUGAAGAG